ACAUCCUGGUGGAGAGGGGGAGACAAAAGAGCAAACAUUUCUAAUGUGAAAUCGUUUAUAAGUAUAGCAGUACAACGCUACACAACAACGAAGUUGUGCCCUGCCUCACAUCACUGUGAAUGAGCGAACAUGACAGAACACAGAGAUUCAGCAAUCAGGAACAAAGUAAUGUCUGAACAUCAGUGCAGCCUUCAUCUGAAUGAAGGUAGGAAGUCUUGUAUCAUUUUUUUGAUGAUCUUAUCUGUAAUGAACUCAAGUUCCAUAAGAUGACUAGCAAGACAUCAAGCUAAAAUCAAACAACGACUCUGCAGAAUCCUAUUAAAUUUAGCUGUCUCCAUUCACUGGGCAAUCAUUGUGUAUGAGCAAGAAAAUGCUGGAGAUCGUUCAUGUUAUUGUUUAUUAUUUAUGUCAAAUUUAACUUUUCGUCGUUGACUUUCACCGCUCUUUCAUUCGGGCUCUUUCAAUUUGUCUCAUCAACAAACCGGACCAAAGACAACGUGCUACAAAAACAUAGCAGGAGUACGAACAUGAACAAGGCCGCAUAGCUGUUUCGAUCGGCCAGAUAUUUCCAUUUAUUAAAAAAAUACUACAACACUACCACUCACUUGUAAAAAUGUUCUCUAUAACAAUCUCGCUAUGGUAAUUUACCUUUGCUUCGACACACAUGGCUUUCUCCCUCUCACAACACGAUUACUGGAAACGGCUAGCGUAGAGCAGGAACUACCUUGCCAACACCAGCGUCGAAAAAGCGCUUACCCGUUUCUCAUUCUCUCGCGCUGAUUGGGUAAUAUUGUGAGGGGCCGGCAGCAUUGUCGCAUCUUAUUGGUGUAAACAAAUGUCCAUCAAAUAUGGUGUGCGGAAUUACUGGGUGGGACGGGUUAACGAAUUCUGCCUAAAACGAUAGUUUGGUUGACGGAGCAGUGAAAGCAGUCGGCUUAUCGUCGGCGUUUUUUCCCUCAAAUCCCUCACGCAGAAGCAGGUUGAGAGAUGGCAGAAGCUGCUGCAGCCCACCACAUCUCCAGCUGUGUCCCUUGCCACAGUGCCACAGGUGAAGCUCACCAAGAUUGAUAGGAGGUCUUCCUGGAGCUCUUCAAGCAUGCGGCCACUGUGUGGGAAUGGCUAGAGAAAGAAUGGGCUUUCCAACUACUCCCAGGCUAUUAGGGGAAGUCCAGCUAGACACCCAGCAGCUGCCACUAUAGACAUAGUGAAGUGUUCCAGCAUAUAGAGAAUGAUCCAGAAGUGCAUUGGCUGGACACUUGAGGAACACCACCAAUAUUUCUGGAUAGUGCAGCUGAAAGACAAGCGGGACACAGUACAGGUCAUUAAGUAGACAGUACUGAAGUAAUCUGUCUGUCAUCUCUCAACAGGAACGACAGAGUGGGUCCAGUGUCACUGGCCCAUGCCCAUGGAUAAAUACAUUCAGUUGCCAGAGGAUCACAUGACAGCAGUGGUCCAGACAUCUCCCUUUUCUCUAACUCUCUCCCUCCUACUUCUCUAAUCCCAGCUCCCCAGGCACCAAUGUGUAGGGCCCCCAACAGUCAUGUGAUUAAACCUUUGACCAAGUGAGGCAAUUGAUGGUCAACAAAUUCAGCCUAUUUUGCACUAUUGAAUAAUGCAGAAUAUGCAAACUAAAGAAGAAAUUACCGAGUUGUUAGUGCCUUACGGAACCCCUGUUCCAUGUGGCUCAUCAUAAUCCCAUGGUUGGGUAUUUGGACCAAGAAAUAAAAUCCACUGGCCACUCCAAAAGUGCCACUAUGUCCACUUUCACUGAUCAAGGUUCCCCCUUAAAAGUAUUGUUGUGGACCUUUGUCACACCAUUAGAACUGUAUGCACAAGGACAUUACUUUGUUAGUUGUGCUUCUCCACAGCAUCUCAGCACACAGCAUUGCAGAGGCACUUUUCCGUGUUUUCUCUCGAGAUCCUGACUGACCACUGCAUUUCAUUUAUGUCACACUCUUCAAGAACUGAAUGAAUUAUUAUGAAAUAAAUUGAGUACUAUCCACAGAUGGAUGGGCUGGUAUGACUGGUUUAAUCAAAUGUUUAAAAAAAAUGAAAAGUUAAUUUAUGUUGAUGCUUGAAAUUGGGAUAAGUGGCUCUUGAAGUGCACUUGUUUGCAGUGUGAGAUGUCCCACAGGUGGUGUGCAGCAUGUCAUUAAUGUCAGCUGGUGAAUCCACUGGCCACGCCAAAAGCAACAUUGCGUCCACUUCCAGUGAUGAAGGCAAUCUGGGUCAGCUGCAGGUCAGAUGGUUCUCCAGUCUGAGUCAGGCAGUGGGGGUAUCUGCCAGCAGGGUGUGGUCAACCAUCAGCUGUGAUCAGAGGGGAGUAACUGGCAAGAGAGAGUGAGAUAUAGGGUUUGAUAUAGUUGCAAGAACCUGCAAGACAUGCACACACCCCUACACACCUAUACACAAGCAGCAGAGCGUGAACUUGAACCUGAUGGAUCAAGAGGUAUGAGUCUGGGAUGGACCAGUUUUCUGCUGUUGUCCUCCUCCUAAAUGACAGUAAUGAGAAAAUUCCAGUGUCUUCCUCCACACACACACACACACACACCGGGGGUUUAUAGUACAAAUAUUUGAUAAAAUAAUAGUGUGGAGUAUCAUGCAGUUUUAAAACACUUUUUAUGUUUCUAUGAUAAAGAUAGUUGAUAAUAUAUGUCAUAUUUAGUGUGUUGACCUAUAGACUAAAAGUUGUUGCAGUAAAAGAAAUUAUUAAAAAAAAUUGUUUUAACAUAUUCUUCCACAUUUUGCUGCUGAUAUAUAAAAGAGAAAGGAAGAAGAAUAGAGAAAUAUACAGAGAGAUUUGUAUUGCGUGGGCUGUGCUAAAGGGGGGGUCCUGGGUAGAUGGGAUAAAUAAGGCUGGAGUCAUAUGCUUCAUAGCACUUCCAGUCUCUUCUUGCCUUAUCCUGCACUGCAAAGGAGAAAUGGCUACAUCAGACAGAUCCUUUGAUGAUGGCUCUCAAAUGUAAUUUAAAUUAAACAAAUUCCAUUUGCUUUUCCCACAGAUACUAUAGCAAACUACAAAGAAAAUCACAGUAGUUGGAAACAUUGUUUUAAGAGACAGAAACAGGACAAGAUAAGCCUUUUAGCCCUUUCAGUUACUUUAAAAAGAUAUUUUACCUUGUAUAUUCCCGGUGUAUUAGGUGGAUUACCAGAUAUUAACAGCAUUUAAGAACAUGAACACAGUAUUAGGUUGUGUAAACACUGGAGUCCCCACUCUUAUGGGGUUAAUUCUGCUGUGGUAUCCCUCGUUGGUUACAAGUCAGAAUGACACUGAGCCUAUUGUACUGGAAGGUAAAUGUUUAGUGGUCUGUGACUCUACACCGUCUUCUGAACCAGCAAAUAAUGCACUGGGCAUGUCAGUACGCUCAGGCACUGGCCGAGUGGCCUUCUCUGCCACUCGUCAAACCAACCAUGAGCCCACAGAUAUGAGCAAUCGUACUAUGAUCAUCUACUUUGAUCAGAUCUUGGUGAAUGUCGGUGGGCAUUUUGACCAGGAGAGUAGUGUGUUCUUGGCCCCAAGGAGAGGGGUGUACAGCUUUAACUUCCAUGUUGUGAAAGCUUACAACAGACAAACCAUACAGGUAAGCUUGAUGCUGAAUGGAUGGCCAAUGAUUUCUGCCUUUGCUGGUGACCAGGAUGUAACCAGAGAGGCAGCCACUAAUGCUGGAUUGGUGAUAAUGGAAAGAGGUGACAAGGCCUACCUUAAACUGGAGCGGGGCAAUUUGAUGGGGGGCUGGAAAUAUUCCACUUUCUCAGGCUUUCUUGUCUUCCCCCUGUGAGCAAUCCAUGUGUACAGAAUGGUUGAUAGAAAACUCAUUUAAAGUAAAGGGAGGGAGGGGGGUGCUCACUUGAAUGUCAUUAUGUCCAAGUAAGCAAGACUAGUCUAACAAUAGAAUAAUAAAUUAUCAGAUGAUUUGUAAGCAACAUAUACAGUUUGAUGGUAUUUUUAGCAGAGUUUAAAUAAGCAAGAUCAUUAAAUAUAAAUAAGAAAUAAGGAAAUACAAAUUGCUUGAUUUAAAUGUUUUCUUGUACAGUACUGUAAGGUCUUAAACACCCUAUUUUUAGUAAGAUUUUUGUUAUAGAUGUUCAUAUGACGUCUACAUUAGUGAAUCUGGCUAACCUGCCCAUUUCUAUGUACCCAGUGUUCUAUAGUUUUUAGACAUGAUGGUCAAGCCUUAUGAAAGCAGAUACACAUUCCAUCAUGCACCUGAAGCUCUUUGACAGUUCUGUAGCAAAACCAUGUCUUUUGUGAUGUAAAAUGCUCUAACAGAUCCUCAGAGAUGUGUUCUUUGCAUGAACCAAGGCAACUAAAAUUAGCUACAGUUUAUAAUAAUUUACCAUUGACUAUAUGACUUUAGCUAACACUUCUCAAUUACAGAACAAGCACAGAAAAAAGUGCACAUCACCAAUAUGCUAAAAGUCAUUGAGAAUAACGAUAUGUUGUGUGAAGAUUAAACACGCUGAUUACUAUUUACCAGUAGAUUUUCAUUUGGUACCUUAGCUACACAUUAUAUAAGUAUGUUUGCUAUUAAUUGAUAGCUCAGUCAGUCAAGACUCAAUGCUAAAAUCUUUUACUGACAAAGGUAAAAUCAAUAUAUGUAUGCAAAUUAUAUAAAUGGAAUUAUGUACAUAUAAAUUAAUAAUGUUGUUCAUACCACUUUGAGAUUUUGUGUUACGUAUUAAGUACAUACACCGAUCAGGCAUAACAUUAUGAGCAGUGACAGGUGAAGUGAAUAAGACUGAUGAUCUCCUCAUCAUGGCACCUGUUAGUGGGUGGGAUAUAUUAGGCAGCAAGUGAACAUUUUGUCCUCAAAGUUGAUGUGUUAGAAGCAGGAAAAAUGGGCAAGUGUAAGGAUUUGAGCGAGAUUGACAAGGGCCAAAUUGUGAUGGCUAGACCACUGGAUCAGAGCAUCUCAAAAACUGUAGCUCUUGUGGGGUGUUCCCGGUCUGCAGUGGUCAGUAUCUAUCAAAAGUGGUCAAAGAAAGGAACAGUGAACCGGCGACAGGGUCAUGGACGGCCAAGGCUUAUUGAUGCACUAGACUAUUUAUCAAGCCAAUUCAUAAAACUUAACUACGUAGUUAAUUUAUCAAGCUAAAUUACAAAUGUAACUAUCUAGCUAACCUGAAAAGCUAAUUGACAAAACUAACUAUUUAUCUAAAAUUCUAAAUUAAACAAAAUUAGAGAACAUAGCUAGAUAGCUAAAUUAUCAAACCAAAAUUUACCAUAUUUAACUAGCUUUGUAAUUUAUCAAGAUAACUUAUUACAUAAUUUAACAAACUAAAUAACAACGAUUUUAGGCAACAUAACUACUAGCUAGCUAAUUUAGCAAGUUAUUUUACAAAAACUAAAUAACUAGUAACUUAUACAUAACACAUUGAUAAAUGAAUUCAGGUUCAUUUCUGCUUCUAAUGAUUAAAUCAUUAGAAAAAGAUUUAAGUGUUAAGUUUUAAAGAUGUUAAGGCAGACAGACUUCUUUACUUUUGUUAAAUUAGCUAAUCUAAGGCAAGGUUAUAAACUAAUAUAAACAAAAAGUAAACAGCAAUCAAAAAUAUAACAAGAAAUUCAGUUGAUGCAGCCAUUUCUGCAUAUUUAAUAGGGCUUCAUUUUGUCAUAUGAGACUAUAUACCAUAUAAAGUUAGGUCCUUGUGCAGAAUACUGCCCUUGUCACAUGUGUUGGCUCUAGUGAGCCUGGAAGUUAACAGGGUCAUGUACAGUAUAGAAUGAUCCUUCUUCUUUUCUGACGUAAACACUUUGUAUGCAUCCACCAAUUUCCAUGAUCUUUUAUUUUACUCUGCAAAGGCCUGCUUUCAGAGACAUGUCUAUAUAAAAUGUCAUUAAAGUAAUUAAAAUUGUCCUCCUUAAACAAUAUUUAGAUUUUUUAUUUAAACAAGAGGUCUUUAUUCCCUCUAUACAGCCAUCCAAACAUACUGAAAAACAUGGUGCAACUGUCCAAGGGUACACAUAUGGAGCGUUUGGCAAGCUAGCACUUAUGCCUUUGUUGGACUCCUAUGGACAUAACUCAAGCUGUUUGGGAUUGGUUCAAAGAAUCUCUCUCUCUCUCUCUCUCUCUCUCUCUCUCUCUCUCUACCUACCUACCACACAUGCAAACAAACCAAAGAACAAGUUCUAGAAUUUGAAGAAGGGUGCCCACUGGUAGAAUGGCAGUAAAAACACACACACACACACACGCACACACAAACACACAAACCUUAAGCCAUUAGAAGCCCUUAUCUAAAGUGAGUUAAAGAAAAACUAGUUUCCAUCAAACUGCAUGCAUAUUAUUGUAUUAUAUGUAUGUAUAUUAAGUUGGUUGAAUUCAAUAUUUUAGCUACUCAAAAUAUCUCACUGCAAUUUCACAUUGUUCAUUCAUUUAACUCAGAAUGUUUUCUGUGAACAGUGCAAUCCCAUUUUGAAGCCCUAGCCACUUAGGACUUAUUAAAGCCAAUGUUUUUCUUGGUGUUUAUUACAUGUUCAUAUACACAUGUUUGAAUGGGAAGAUCAUUAAUGGACAAAUCAUUAAUGCAUCAUUUUGAGACCCACCUAGAAGCACUGCUUCACUGGAUGUGAAUAGAAGGUUUUAAAAAACAAACAAAAACAUAUUUGUGUUCUGAGUUUAUUGGACAAUGCACUGUUUGACAUGGAUGCACAGUUUCUCUUUAUCUUGGAUUACAAGUGGGUGGAACCUUGUAACCACCUGCCAAUCACUAAAUCAGGAACAAAUAUGACUGACAUCUCAAAUUAAAUCAUAGCCAUGACAGAAUCACUUGAAACAUGCUAUAGCUGUGGGGAAUAAAAGCCUCAAAGUAUAAAGUUCUGUUUGAUUAUUUAUAUUAAUUUCUUCAAUUUGUUUUUAAUAAGUCUAGCUAGCCAUCUCUUUGUUCUUCAGCUAGCAGCUUGGGCCCUUUUUGGGAUGAAAUGGCAGACAAUGAUAAUGUCCUGAUUUUUGAAAAGUCAUGCUCAAAAAUUAAAGAAGAGGACAGAUUAACACAGAUUAUUUUAAUUUUAAAUUAAGGAAGUGAAAAAGGCUCUUCAAGAUGUCUCUGUUCAGUAACAAUAAUUGGCUGUGUUUAAAUUCCAUGUCUUUAAAUCCCUAUGAAUGAGCGAUAACAUUAGAAUGAGCACAUUAACAUAAAUCAAUUGUUCAAAAUAGUGUAGCUCACACACAUUUAGCUUAGUGGAAACAGAUCUUAGACUGUAGGACUAU